AUGCUAACCCAACUCCCAGUGGCUGAUAUCGAAGUUGACCUCUACGAGGUCCUUGAGGUCCACAGAGGAGCGACCACAGAAGAGAUUCGCAAGGCCUACCGAAAGUCCGCUCUUGCCAAUCACCCCGACAAAGUUCCUGAAGAUGAGCGCCCCGCGGCUGAGGCCAAAUUCAUCAAUGUUCAAAAAGCCUACGAGAUUCUUUCCGACGACGACAAGCGCCACCUCUAUGACACACACGGCAUGUCUGCCUUCAAUGGCUCCGGCGAGCCCGGUAUGGGUGGUGGUAUGGGCGGCAUGCCUCCAGGAUUUGAGGAGAUGUUCGCAGAGAUGUUCGGUGGAGGCAUGGGUGGAAUGCCGGGAAUGGGUGGCAUGGGGGGUAUGCCCGGCGGCGGCCGGUCUCGUCGAAGUCCUGACGAUGAGCAAGACUACGAGGUCAGCCUGGAAGAGCUCUACAAGGGCAAGACAGUCAAAUUUGCCAGCACACGAAACAUUAUCUGCAGUCUGUGCAAGGGCAAAGGUGGUAAGGAGAAGGCCACGGCCAAGCAGUGUUCCACAUGUGACGGCGUCGGUCUUCAAGAGGUGAUCACACAAAUGGGCCAGUUCCUGACCAAGCAGACCCGGCCCUGUUCCGUAUGUAACGGUCAAGGGUCAUUCUUCAGUCCCAAGGACAAGUGCAAGAAAUGCAAGGGAAAGCAGACGACUGAGGAGAAGAAGAUGCUGGAAAUCUAUAUUGCCCCCGGUUCUCGGGAUGGAGAGAAAAUCGUCCUGGAGGGUGAAGCCGACCAAAUUCCGGGCCGGGAGAACGGAGAUAUUGUCUUCAAACUGAUGCAGGAAGAGCAUGAGGUUUUCGACCGCGCUGGCUCAGACCUCCGGGCUGAGAUUGACAUUACCUUGGCUGAGGCAUUGACUGGCUUCUCUCGUGUGGUUCUGAAGCAUCUUGAUGGACGAGGUAUUGAGAUCACGCAUCCGGCAGGCAAGGUCCUGUCGACUGGCCAAGUCCUGAAGAUCAGCGGCGAGGGGAUGCCGAUCAAGCGCAGUGAUUCUCGGGGUGAUCUUUAUUUGGCAGUGAAUGUCAAGUUCCCCGAUGCGUCUUGGAAGCCCACGCCUGAGAUGUUGGAGAAGCUCCGAGAGCUACUUCCCAAGCCGGACCCGGCCAUCGAGGCCUCGACUGUCGACGAGGUUGAUUACGACCCGAACGGCAACAUGGACGAGUUCGGUGCCCGGGACGCCCAUGGCGGCUCGGCUUGGGUUGAUGAUGAAGACGAUGACGAGCCCGCGCAGUGUGCGGCUCAGUAG